CCCCUCACGGUUUUCCCGCCCCCUCUUUGACCACACCCCCUUCGCGCUCCUAUUGGCUCCCUCCCGCCCCGCCCCUCUCUCGCCCCCCUCUGAUUGGCUCCGCCGUGCCCCUCGUGCCACGUGACCGCCGGUCCCUCACGGAGCCGCCGCCAUGUCGCGGGCGGCGCGCUCGGUCCGGGCCGCGGCCGGGGCCAAGUCGGGCCGGGGGGCGGCCCCGAGGCCCGUCCGGAUCCUCAUCCCGGCCGGGGGCGCCGCGCCGGGGCCGCCGCUGGGGCCGGUGCUGGGGCAGCGCGGGGUCUCCAUCGCCGCCUUCUGCAAAGACUUCAACGAGCGCACCCGGGACAUCAAACCCGGGGUCCCUCUGAGGGUCCGGCUGCUCGUGCAU